GGGCAGCUCACUGUGGAUAGUGGUUCGCGUUUCAGCGGUGUCAUCAGGAAGUGCCGGCUGCCUCAACGCUCUGCAAGCGAUGGACUGUAGUUAAAAGAGAAUCGUCUAGAAAACUACCCAUCAUCUUCUGGAGGUGGGGGCGAGAGAACUUAAUGACAACUCGUCACUAGGCUAUGACAGCUGCCAAUCCAGAUACAAGCCUGAAAGUUGGGAUGAAGGUGGUAGUUCCAUGACCCCCUUUCGUCUUGCUGUUCGAGGCCUCCCCCCGGCCCUGGCAUCUAUAACAGGAGCCACCGCCUCUGACCCACGUUUCCACCCAAAAUGGCGGGCUAUUGCUGUAGCGAUGACACUUGCAAUUGUGCUGUUGUUGUAUUUACAUUGUUCAGUUGGGGACGGAGACGACACUACCAGAGGUUACUACAGCAGCAGGGUACAUGAUUGGCAAAUGCACCGGGAAGGAAAUUACAUGAUCAGUAAUGCCAAUGAAAGAACUGUUGCAGAUGGAAGCCGCGGCAGCCUGCAGAAAAGCCAAAGACACUACAACGACACAUACCCAUUGAGCCUGCCAGAGAAGUCGACACAUGGCAUCCGGUACCGUAUCGGUGUGAUUGCAGACCUGGACACUGCAUCACGUAGCUCAAAGGAGCAGACGUGGUUUAGCUACAUGAGGAGGGGUCACCUGACCGUGUCUGAGAGCGCAGAUAGAGUGGAGGUGGAGUGGGAUGCGGAGACGGUCACACUGGAGAGUCAUCUGGCUGAGAAGGGCCGGGGUAUGGAGCUGUCUGAGCUGAUUGUAUUCAAUGGUCACCUGUACAGUGUUGAUGACCGUACGGGUGUGGUCUACAGGAUAGAGGGCAACCAGGCUAUCCCUUGGGUCAUACUGCCCGACGGAGACGGUUUGGUCUCUAAAGGGUUCAAGGCAGAGUGGUUGGCUGUGAAAGAUGAGCACCUCUAUGUUGGUGGCCUGGGGAAGGAGUGGACCACGACCGCAGGGGAAGUUGUCAAUAAUAACCCUGAGUGGGUGAAAGUUGUUGGCCACCUAGGGGACGUGGAACAUGAAAACUGGGUGCCACGCUAUAAUGCCUUACGCAGUGCAGCGGGGAUCCAACCACCAGGCUACCUCAUCCAUGAGUCAGCAGCUUGGAGUGAGCGCCUCCAGUGCUGGUUCUUCCUACCUCGCCGUGCCAGUCACGAGCGCUAUGAAGAGACAGCGGACGAGCGGCGUGCCACCAACCUGCUUCUCUCCUGCCCGUCAGAUUUCAGUCACAUAACUUUAAAGCAUGUUGGCUCACUCAACCCCACGCAUGGGUUCUCCUCAUUCAAAUUCAUCCCCGACACGGAUGACCAGGUUGUUCUGGCGCUCAAGUCAGAGGAAGAUGCUGGCAAGAUUGCCACCUACAUCAUGGCUUUUACUCUGGAUGGCCGAGUUCUUUUGCCUGAGACAAAGAUUGGGGAUGUGAAAUAUGAAGGAUUGGAGUUUAUUUGA